UUACUAGACGGCUAACCUGUCAUAAAAAUAAAUGUAUAUAAAAAUAAUUUUAUUAGAUCAUUAAACAAAUAAUCAAUAAAUUUUUUAUAAUUUCAAAUAACAUUUACUGUAUCAAUAUAUCGAUUUUGAAUAAUCGAUAUUUAAUUUUGAAUUUAAACACCAAACACGUGAGCCUGUACACGUGUUUUUUAAUAAAAGUAAAUAAAAAAAUGGCUAAAGUAUUGGAUUUAAUUAAUUCCAUUGACUCUGUCAAUCAGUAUAAAGAUUUUACUACUGACUUAUUGACAUUCAGCUCCGAUUUACCAUUUUUGAGCGACGAGGUAAACGAGUUUGAUAAUUUGAUAAUAAGUAAAAUAAAUAGUUAUCUAAGUAAACCUGACACGAGAGUUAGUGGACUGGUGAUAAUUUCAAAAUUUAUUCCGCGAUGUUCAAAAGCUGUACUACAGAAAUACGGAACGCUUUGGAUUUCCAAGGCGGUCCAGGUGCUGGAGAGCAAGUGCGAACCCAGCGAAUUCUCUUUGGCAUGCAGAGUCUUGGGGGAGUUAUUGAUCGAAGCCAAGCAGAUACCCGAGCUGCAGAAAGAGGUUUCGAUACAUAACGUGAAGCCGCUGGUGAUGCUCAUCACCAGCUUUGAUUUUAACAAGGGGACAGCGGUCCUCUACCCGCUGGCUGUUUUGCUUUUUUAUUACAAAGAGUCUACGGAAAAAUUUCAGACAGCGAUAAGAGAGUUCAUUCUUCCAACUGUUGACUCCAAGAAUAAAGAAACAGUCAAAGCAGGAGCGAAUAUCUACAGUCUGCUAACUCGUGCUACUGAACGUUCCUUCAAAUCCAUCGAAGCUAAACCUGCGUACACUAAUUGGACUUAUAAUUUGUUGCUGAUCUGCAAUAGUCUUAAUGAAAUAUUGGACACAUUGUUUGCUGAUUCGGAUACCAGCGGUUCUGAUGAAAUGAAACUCGAAUUGCCGAGUGUGUCUCAAGAAAAUGUCCUGGAGUAUUAUUUCAAACUGGAAAAACGAUUUGAAAAUCUCUGCAUUUACUUAUCUACAAUGUUGCGCGGAUGUGGAGAAAUUAAUAGCGUGAUUCCCAAUGAUAUACUAACACUAGUAUGUCGCGGUUUAGACAUUUCACCCUCAACUUUACUCAAAGAUGAUUCUGUAAAAAACCAAAUCCUCUAUAUCAUCCUCCCAAAGCUACACAUCAAUUUAUUUCAAGUCCUUAACGCUUUCAUUGAAGGAUUCAAAGACAACUUGGUACCAUUUGCUAGCACGAUACUUAAACUAUACAAGCACACAUUAAACUGGACAGAUAGUUCAGAGAACAAAACGAUCAGCGGAAGGAAACCGUUUACGAAUGUCAGAAUGUCAGUUUACAAAAGUCUGACAGUUUGGUUGAACAACCUGAGCACUCUGUCAGGAAUAGAAAUUAUCUCUGAUGAAUUGAUACCUUAUCUUUUGAAAGAUAUCACUCCUGAGCAGUCUCAAGUCUUGCUUACCAUUCAAAAAACGACAGCUACCUCAAGGAAAGCAUUCAAACGCACGAGAGAUAAUCAAAUAAAAAAUGAUCUGUCGCUAGACAAUUCUAUUGGAAUUAAUAAAGAUCUGUUAAUUAACACGGAUCUGUGCAAAGAGGCUCUGCACACAUUGCAGUAUAUUUUUAAAUACUCGGGAACUUUGAUAAAAAUUCCGCUUUACAAAAUAACUGAAGAGCUAAUAAUAGCACUGCUGUACAACGUGUACAUGGACAACAACAAUUUUUACAAAUUGAAUCCCGAAUGUCAUUUGCAGUUGAUAAGGACAUUAAAAACAAUGCAAAUGAACCCUCAUCCAUUACGCCCAUCAUCAAUGCAUUACUGCAUUGAAUUAUUCAGCUCAGCGUCCCGUGAAAAUAAUCUGCAAGUCGCUGAAGAAGCAAAAGACGCUUUAAUCCAGCUAGAAAAAAUUUCACAUCCAAGUGCUCCGACUCUUAGUCUUCCUGUUGUAAAUGCUGCAGAAUAAAUUAAUACCUUCAAAAAAAGUA